AUGGAACCCAACCAGUCUGCGGGUUCCGCCCCUGGGUUUUGGAGAUACCUGAUUAAUCCAGACAAGAGCGCAACCCUCCAGUUCGACCAGCUGUGUCGGGGGAUUGCCAAAGUCAUAGCGACCCUGGAACCCGGACUCGACAACGAACUGACUCCCUCACGUCUCGCCGCAUUCUAUCGAGCCGUCGGCGGCAACUAUGACUCCCUCUUUCUCAAAUCCUCCGAUCACGCACUCUCCUUCAUGUACCAGACCCUCGGGUGCUUUCACUCGCUACAGCCGACGCCCAGUCCCUUCGAAAUGCCCCGAAUCCCAUGCCUGACGCCGGGUGGAUUUGCCCGUUGGCAAACGAUCCAGCUUCUCCUCUGCCCUGAGGAAAAUGUAUCCUUCAUUCAGAAAGCGGUUCAGCUGUGGAAUGUCCCCAUGCCCAACGGCGGAAUCUACCCAAAAUACAUCCCCAAGGACGUUUUUCCCAGCAGACCAGACGAAGAGAUGGAGAAAUGGCACAAGAUGGUGACGGGCAAACUGAACCAGCAAAACUACAAUCUGCGGCGCAUCAAGAACUCGCCUUAUCAAUCCCCGCAUCUUGAAGCCUAUGAUCGACGAGACGGCUAUUUCUCUGGCGCCCAGACAGGGCGUCCAAGGAGGCCGUCACGCAGCAGUUCUCGCGACGAUCCAGACCAUCUGACCGAUCUCUACCGCAGACGGAGCAGUGUACCAGACUUCCCUUCGCCGUCGGGAGAGAGAGGGUCUCCCUGGGACCCUCGAAAUCAGAAUGAGGCACGGAAGACCCGCAGCCACUCCGCUCAAAGAUCAUCACCAAAGCCUUCGUCGCGCCAGCGGUCGCAUACAACGACUGUGCCUCCGGGUCACCACAAGACCUCGUCAAAUAGCCCCUCAAACCGGAGACAGGGGAAUACUCCUUCAGAGCAGCCCGGGCGACGUCCCUCGUCCGGGUACAACAACCCGUCCUACCGCUCUCCCGCGAGGAGUCCCUCCACUGUGGACGAAGACACGGGUAGCGAGGGAAGUUCGGAGGCUUCACAGAUGGGUCGGCAUCAUCGAAGGUCUGACGAAGAUCGGAAGGGCCGUCGUUCCUCCUUAUGGGUGCCCUCCUUUAUGAAGUCGUCACACAAACGUCGUCAUUCAUCCGACGCAGGGUACCGCGCACCGGGUCCUGCAUCCAAAUCUCCGCAACCCUUACGACCCGAGUACUACCCACCUCGUGCAAUCAAGCCCCCGCCUCAGCCACCUCAGCAGCCUUAUGGGGGAGGGCGCCCACCGCAGUGGCGUGAGACAGUCUGGGACAACGAGACUCCCAGCUCGACUCCCGCUACACCCAUUCCUGAAAACGCGCAGGCACAGUUCGACCCCCGGGCCCCCUCAAUACGUUACCCAGACCAGACCAAUUUCGAACCACUGACGCGAGAAAGUAGCAGCGGAAGUGACAACAGGCAUCGCUCCUCGGAUUGGGAGCGAGGGAACGGACACAGGCGACCGCUGCAGCCGACUCCAAGAAUCGCCACCGUGACAGGCGUGCAAGGGAGAAAAUACCCUACCACCGACCCAAUGAGUCCCAUUGAGCGGCAAAGGGCGCCGAAUGUCCGUGGCAACUUUACUGCAACGGCAUGA